AUGUUUAACUUAGUUAAUUCAAACUACAACAAAAUAUACAAUCCAAAUGGAAAACAAAAUGCAUUGUCUGAUAUUAAAAGACUUCUAACAUCGCGCCACACUGAAGCCCAAAUAAAAGCAUGUGGGUAUUUAGUUGAAGUAAUAAGUAGAUACAACAAAAUUUCUAAGGAGAGAUCUCGAAUGAUGGAAUAUUUACUGGACAACGAUAUUACAGUAUUUCUUUGUGAAGCAAUAUCAAAUUUAGAUUAUUCUCUUUUUAGGUUUGUCUUUACAAUAUUUUUUCCUGGUCGCAGUUACACUGGUCAACGAGAUACGCAGGCGAAGCAUGAACGACCUCUCAAAUCAUUUGCUAAUAAAACAAUGACCAACCAAUGA